GGACAAACGUCAGCCGCAAAAGUCCACAGCUCAGAACUCGGAGUCUUCGAGUCAAGAAGUGUGUCCACGGAUGCUCAAGCCGUGCCAACCUACUCUUUUCUUCUACUCCACUUAAACAGAACGGGCAUCGUUCUUGAGCUAGGUUUUGGCAAGCACAAACUCAGACCCUCGCAGUUCUCUACAAACAUGGCCUCCCCGCCCUUGUACACACCGUUGGACCCAUCGAGCAGGCAGAUCAGGCUGCUGCAGGUGGACUGCUCUGAAAUCGACGAUGAAUCCACACCGGUCAGCUGCAGAAUGGUGACAGCCUCCCUAGAUGAUGCUUCACUCGAGUAUAUCGCACUCUCGUACGUUUGGGGAGUCAACAUGAGCCAGACGCCACUACUUAUCAAUGGCACCAAAUUCAAGGCCACUGGGAACUUGUUUGACUUUCUGGCUCGUUACCGCAAAAUAAGCUGCGUCAUUCCGAAGUGGGAGCUGGCAAACUUUUCCAUUUGGAUCGACGCAGUUUGUAUAAACCAGGACGACUUUCCGGAGAGGAACAGCCAAGUCCAGAUUAUGGGCUCAAUAUACCGAUCCGCAACGAGAACUAUCUCGUGGCUUGGCCCUGAUGAUGACCAAAGUGAGAGCGCCUUAACGACUCUGAAGGAUAUAUACCCCAAGAUGAUGGAUUCCAUUCACAAGAGAAAUUUACUCGGGUGGGUUGACCCUCAGCAGACGAACCUCUGGCAGGAGAAUGAGAAAGGCGCCGGUGCAACGAGCCUCACUCGCAACAACUUCUGGCAUAGCUGCCAAAAGAUCCUUCAGAGAGCUUACUUCACUCGCUCGUGGAUCACUCAGGAGCUUGUCUUAUCACGGAAUGUUGUGCUGCUCUGCGGGCAGCAGACCCUCCCUCUCAUCGCCUUAACGAUCGUAUGGUUAUGGUUGCAUCACAUCGAAGGCCUAUCGUGCCCCCCGCACGUGAAUGCUCGCUUAUGGUCAUUGUUAUCGACCCGGGAGGGGCGCAGAGUCAUUAGUUGGGGGGUGCUCAACAAGCUUCCCAACUUAUCCAACCUCAUGAGAGAUUCAAAAAAUGUGCCGGAAGAGGGUCUGGCCCUGAUCUGGCAUGAGCUUGUGCUUCAUGCGCGCAUUCAGCAAGCUACUGAUCCUCGGGACAAACUCUACAGCGUGUUGGGGUUGCUCGAUCGGAAGUUCAAACCAGACUAUGCUGCGUCAAUUGAGGACGUGUUCUGCAAUUUUGCAAAAGAGAACAUUGAUGCGGAGAAGCGAUUAUCUGUCCUGCGCGAGGCCGGCCAUGGCACGUUCUUCGACACCCCCGAGCAUCCCCGACACAACUUGUUCGUGCCCUCUUGGGUCCCGGACUGGGAUGCGCUGUCCAAAGAAUUCACCUGGGGUCUAAUCUACCAUGGCGAAUACCGACUGUGCGCAGACGGCAACCGGCCCCCUAGGCUUCGGAAAGUCGGUGAUUCAGAAACAAUUACACUGUCGCAGCAACAAGAUGGAUAUUGUUUCAAGAUCGUCGGCAGGACCUUGACCGUAGUGGGGCUGAUAUGCGACAGUACCUCAGCUGUUCGUCGACUGGCGGGUAGUGACUACAGCUCUUGGGCUCCAUUCUGCGAAGAGUAUAUCUCGAGCCGUGGCGAGAACGAUCGUUACGUCACGGGGAUCCCACUGCUCCAAGCGUUGGCAAGAAUGCUAUUCCUCGACUUGGAUCCAAUCACUAGGAAGAACAUUGAUCAUUCGACACCAUUGGAUGACAUGCUUAAAAUAUGUGUUCUUGGAAUCCUCACUCUAGGAUCUCAAGAUCAUCCGCCUGCUCCCAGGUUCGGCAUCACUUCUCACUCGAUUCUAGUCGAUAAGUUUAUUGGCUCUGGAACGUUGGGAAGUCGUCUUCUUGAAUCGGGAACACUACCAGAAGGUCUUUUCGACGCCUCAACCCUGAGUAAUCAUGUCUCUAAGCUCACAUCAAACUGGCUUUCGCUAGUAAUGAAUUAUGUAGCAUUUUGGACAUCUGACGGGUUUCUAGGCUGGGGCCCCCCAGGAAUGAAGGAAACCGACCAUGUCUGCGUCAUUAUUGGUUGCGACGUACCAGUAGUGCUCAGACGUAUUGAUGACCAUUACAUCCACAUUGGGCCAUGUUGGGUAUUAGGAAUCAUGAAUGGGGAGGUCAUUAAGGAUGCCUCAAAUGGUGCCUCUGAUUUUGUCACUUUUGACAUAGUAUGAGCGUCACCCCCUGGGAACGCAUAGGUAUGGGCCAGAAGGUAAAUAAGAAAUAAAUUUUGUGUACCUAGAUUUGAUACAUCAGGAUGUCGGUAUCCACCGAUUGACAGACAUCAUGACAAGGGCUUUCCG